AUGAAGCUUUCUCUUUUAUUUCUACUAGUUAUUUCCACGUGGAGUCAACCAAUUAUUCCCUCAACGUCUACUAUCGGUCCACCCACUUUUCCAAAUGACCCGAAUCCUCCUAACCCAACUCCAAGUUUUUUCGGAAACAAUGACAAUGAGAAUGCGGGAAUUCAGAAUCAAAACCAAGGUCUUCUGAAUCAGAAUCCACCAAACCAAGGGAUUCAAAAUCAGGGGCUUCAGAAUCAAGGCGGGUUUUUCGGUGGAAAUGGAGAAGGAACGACUUCUGGAGCCUUCUUUGGUGGAAAUAAUGGAGGAUUCCAGCCAAAUUCUGAUAAUCAAGGAUUGAAUAAUAAUAAUAAUAAUAAUGCCAAUGGAGGAGGUUUCUUCGGAGGAAACAAUCAACAACAACAGAAUUUCCAAACGCAACCACCAUCCGGCUUCUUCGGCAAUCAGAAUGAUCCGGCACUCAACAACAAUCAAGGAUUCCAGAAUCAGAAUCAAAAUAACUUGAAUCAAAACCAAAACCAAGGAUUCCAAAACCAGGGAUUCCAAAAUCAAAACCAACAAAAUCAACAAUUCCAAAACCAAAAUCAAAAUCAACAAACAUUCCAACAACAGCAACAAAAUCCAAAUCAACUGCAAGGACAGGGACAAACAAUUCAAUUCGGACAACAGGGAGUCAAUCAAGGAUUCCCAGUAUCAAAUGCAUUCCCUACUAAUCAAUUACCUCCAAUUUUCGGAAGGAAAAAGUAG